AUGGACGACCUAUCUGGCACCGAGUCGGAAGGCGACGCCUAUCGCACAUUUGUGCAGGCAAGACAAGGCAUCCUCGAACCGUCAGAGUAUAAAGAACCUACUGCCGGCGACGACUCCCUGAACAACCUGGACGAUCUCGACAAGUCCUUCGCAGCAAUGACCACACGUCCAAGCCGUGGGCCUCUGCCCAGAAAGCGACCCUUCACAGAGAUGAAGUCAAGGUCCAAGAUCAACCGCCUGAACUCCAUAGCAGCCAUCGAAGGCAACUGGCAUUGCAAGAUCGGCGAGGCUCUGCCACGAGAAAUCGCGCCCAGGGUCGCUACCAGCCAUGAGCCGGAGCACAAGGCCCAGAUAGGCAGACCUGACCGCGAGACCGAAGAUCCUCGUGACUGGGGCUGUGCCUAUCUCCGCUGGCUGGUGGAGUACUCGGCGCUGACCAAAGGAAAGCAUGAGGAAGCGGUGAAGGCCCUGGUCGAAUUUGUGCGGGAGCGCCAGGAAGACGACGGAGGCGUGGCGCUGGGCUCUCCAUCCACGCAGCUCAUGUCUCGGCAGAAGAAGCGGAAGCACGAGCCGAAGAGAAAGGAAGCGGACAAGUUCCUCAAAAACGCGAGAGAGCUGACGCGUGAGGAUCUGGCAGUCAUUGUGAAGAGGGAAGACCGCGAUUGCGCGAGGAAGAGGAAAGAGAGGAUCAGGCUGGGAAGGAAGACUAAAGAGCGGAACAAAGCCAAAUCCCAGAAAGCCAUUUCUUGGUCACUGCCAGCAAGCGAGGAUUAUGCCCAUAGGGGCGACGCGUUACAGCCGCUGCUGCGCGCAAUGCUGGAAGGGCGCGGUCAAGAAACCGUCGGACAGACCAAAGUCGAGGAAGCAGUUUCCGAGGCGCCGCUGGGCGAGAAUCGGGGCUCUGAAAACGGAUACAUGCACCCUGCGAGACGCGAGUUGAUGAUGAAGCACCACAGCUCGAUGAGCCACGACAUUUCGGUGGGGUUUAUGAUGGUGGGACGGGAGGCCUCGAUGGACCCAGUCAUUGCUGGCUUGGAUACUAUGAAGCUCUCAGAUGACGCGCACGCACGUCUCAUCAAGCAGGAACCGCAAGAUGGUUGA